UCUAUGCUGAGCCAUAAGUCAUAUGAACAUGCUUUACACUAAUAUUAACGAAAAAUUUAAGGAUUUUUUUGAUUGGUUGAACAUUUGCUUUAAUCCCAUCGACUGAAAAAUGGCCUUUUCCACCAAAAUGUCAUCAUUCCCUAACAGAAGUUAUAGGAAGAUGCAGGCACAGACAUUUUCUCCACACGUAUGUUGAAGCGAGAGGAGACUGGUUUACAUCAGACAUUUGUGGAUAGAAAGGCUGAAUGGAUUGGUAAUACAUCAUAAGGACAUCCAGGAAGAGUAUCUCCCUCCCUCUCUCUCUCUCCCUUCUCCGCUCUGCUACAAUCAUUUGUCUGAGCCUCUCCCUCUCAUCACUGCUGCAGUGGCUCUGUGCAUCAGCGUCUGACCUUCCAAAAAGAGGAUCAUGCAAGCAUUUGUUCCCAGGCCACAUCCAGCUCCGGUCAGAGACGAGGACGCAGAGUCUCAGAGGAAAGCAAAGUCUCGUCAAGCCAGACAAAGUCGCCGAUCGACACAGGGUAUCACUCUGACGGACUUAAAAGAGGCUCAGACCACCUACGGCCUGUCUCAUCAGAACAGAGAGACGGAGGAAGGCACUCUGGACCACAGAUCCAGUCUGUGGAGAGGCUUUACAGAUGCCGAGGGAGAUACGUCUGUGGUAAGAGCAGCUGAUGUCGGCCUAAAGUGGAGCAUAACUGACAAGGAGGGAAACGUUCAGCACCAGGUAAACCCUCUGGCUGACUCGUCGUAUUCCUCGUACCUCUAUUUGUCUGAAUCCUGUGCUUCACCCAACUGCAACAGCUCAUUCAGAGAUGGCGAAAGAUGGUGGAGAGAUGAAAAUGAGAACCCAGUAGAGGAGGUAACAAAGUUGUCUGCAAAGAAUCAACUCAGAGGGAGCUUCCCGGAUGUUGAAGGGCUCGUUUGCACUACAGAGAGCUAAAACUCUUCAAAGGCCAGCUCUGAUGCAACAUUUGAAGAUGCACUGCAACCGCGGGUGUGAGAUAAAUUUGACUCGAACAACUGCAAAGCUUCUCACAAACAUGAAGAGAGUACAGACAGUCCAAGAGGACGCGUUCCCCCCUGCUCACUCCAAGUCACUUGAAGCUUCACAUCACAUGACAGAGGUGUCUCAGCAUUCCAUACCUUAUUGGGCCAAAGCUAGGCACUCUGUUGGUCGGCCUUAGCCGUGGAUUCAGAGGGAUGGAUUCCUUUCUCUUUCACCUGCACAACUCACACUGGUCUCGCUCUACCUGUUUACACGUACAGUCUCCAAAACCUUGUUUUAUGUUUCUGCUUUGAACUCCUAUUUGGAGGGAUGUUGCAUUGAUUUUAUCAUAGCUGAGGUUUUCA